AUGCUCCGAGUGUGCAACAACGUGGAGGAGGCGCUCGAACUGAGCAACCGAUGGCAGAUUCCGUUACUUAUAUUUGUGCAAAGCCCUCCUUCAGAGGUGGGGAGGCAUACUGAUGCUUUUGCUUUUACAGAAAUGUAUACAACGUCUUCCCGUGGAAAUAGAGUAAUAAAGCCAACUUUUAUGUUGGGCAAUGGGCCGCUGGCAAGCAAUGGAGGGGCGCAGCGGAAGGUGUUGGAAGCUGUGUUGCAUCAAUCCCGUUUGGAUUUGGUGACAAUUGUGCAUUUUAUGGAGGCAGGCUCGGAGGCACAUAAUCUCUUUAUUGCUGCCGUGCCAGAGGCCAGCAACACGGUUCCACGUCUUCACGUGUUUCCAUCUUCCCUACGAGAGCAGCCACGGAUUGUGUUGCAUGGCGUCGCUCUUACCCCUGGACGUAUUUGUGAUGCCAUUCGUUUUGGGUUGCAGAUGCCACCUCCAACAAAAGUUGCGAGAGCGAAGGAAGAAUUCAUGCGGCAGGUGGAAGAAAUGAAUGCGGCAGUUGCGGAGGGAGGAAGUAUGGUGCUGUCAACGGGGGUUGGAAUCACUGCUACUUGUGCAAGUGGAACGGCGUCUGGCACUGUUGCUGGGAGUGGGAGUGGGGGUCUCAAGGGUCUUCACUUCAUUGAGCUUAACGGCCUUGAUAAGAGGGAAUUUGUCGUCACAUCACCCGGCAUGACGUUGCGUACCGUGUGGGUGAAGGUCGAGCAGGCCCUCGGCCGGGAACGGCAGGUGGCAGGUGGGACGGCACGUUCACACGGAGGCCAAACGUUCGUCUUGCACAUCGAACCACCCGAGACGGCCACCCCAAACUCCACCAGCGGCGAAAAGGCGACUGGCCACGUGGUGGUUGAUUCCGUUGAGGCCGCUGCCAAGAUUGAAAUUCACACAAUGCCACACAACACAAAAGUGACGGUGGUGAGGAACGAGCCGAGUGCGACGGGGCCACAGCCAGUUGGGCCAAGUUGCGGCAGAGAGCCUCAAACCGAAAACGGCGAAAGAGAAAAUGUGAUGAGGUGCGACGGCGGUGUGUGUAGAAUCGGUGGCAAUUCUUUGAGCGGGGAGCCGAACAUUGAACAACAGAAAGACGCCUUGCCUCCCACAGCCUCUGCUGUGGAAGAGAAGCAGGAGACGAAGCCGGCGCACAAUUCUUCUAUUAACAGAGAAAAUGCCCGUAUACAUGUGCGUUGCUCCCUUCCGAGCGGCGGCGCCCACAUGGUGGAUGAUCUUGACCCCGCCGUCGCCACCUUAUCUACACACCUACGCCGCCCAAUUGCAGGGUUGAUCGGCCACGAUGCCUUUGUAUUUGCUCGAGUGUACCCGCCACAUCGCUUUUCCCUCGAGGAGGAGACAAAACCCCUUGAGACCCUUGGGAUGCGCAGCUCGUCCGCCCUGCGAGUCGUGCCUACUGGAGGCCCACCGAAUGCUCGACAGGAGCCGAAACUCACAGAAGUCAACAAAAUUGGGUUAUUUGGCCUCGUUUCCUCGUUGCUGCGACGCGCCGGUGCGUCAACUCCCUUUGUUGGGACAACCCAAACAACAGCGUUGCCAUUCGGUGAUACGCGUGCCGCAGGGACAACUGCACAAGGGAGUCGAUUCCGCACGAUGGCCGAGAUGCGUGCAAAGGAGGAGGAGGAAGAAAGAAGACUUGCUGCCGAGUCUAUUGCGUCGGCGGAUCUCACAAAAGAACAUCGUCGGAAGAAGGCGAACCGGUAUUACGGUGGGGGCUCCACAGAAUACGCUGGAUGGGACGACAACGAGUUGGAGAAGGAAGAUGGGAAAACAGACGGUGAGAGCGACGUCGGUGAGGAGGCUACGGACCAUGCCAAAAAGAAUGCAUAG